GAGGGGAAGAUUUGCAACCCUUUUGUGGUAGUUUGUAGGGCUUCAGAUCCUGAUACCAGAACUUUGCCAAGGAAUUCCAGCACUUUUCCCCUCAAAAAACCGUUGAUGGUCACAAAGAAGCCACCCCAUGAUAUUCAUGAUGACAGGAAAGUGAUUAAUACGGCAAAAUUCGGAAGGUUUGGUGGGAAGUUUGUGCCUGAAGUAUUAAUGACUUGUUUAACCCAACUUGAAGCUGAAUUCAAUUUGGUUCUGCAUGAUUCUCAGUUUCAGGAAGAGCUGAGGACGGCACUAAGAGACUACAUCGGAAGGGAGACGCCGCUGUAUUUCGCCGAGCGGCUAACGGAUUAUUACAAGGACAAAAAUGGAGGAGAAGGGCCGGAGAUUUAUCUAAAGAGGGAGGACCUCAGCCACCUAGGUGCACACAAGAUCAACAACGCUAUCGCACAGGCCAUGAUUGCCAAACGUAUCGGACUGAAAUCUGUGGUGGCAGCCACCGGUGCUGGACAGCACGGUGUAGCAUCAGCUGCCGCAUGCGCUAAGCUUUCCCUAGAGUGCACUGUCUUCAUGGGCAAAGUAGACAUGGAAAAGCAGGCAUCUAAUGUACUCUCAAUGAAGUUGUUGGGCGCUCAGGUGAAGCCUGUUGAGGGAACAUUCAAGGAUGCAAGCUCAGAGGCCUUCAGGAACUGGGUAGGGAACUUGGAAACCACCUAUUACCUGAUGGGCACGGUGGUGGGGCCUCAUCCAUGUCCGAUGAUGGUCCGGAAGUUCCAAUCGGUGAUCGGAUUGGAAACAAGGAGACAGGCAAUGGAGAAGUGGGGCGGGAAGCCGGAUGUUCUGGUGGCCUGUAUAGGGAGUGCUUCCAAUGCAUUAGGCCUAUUCCAUGAAUUCAAAGGAGACCAGGAUGUGCGGCUGAUUGGCAUCGAGGCUGCCGGAUUAGGCCUAGACAGUGGCCGGCACUCUGCCACUCUGUCCAGGGGUGAGGUUGGCGUCUACCAUGGAGCCAUGAGUUAUUUACUGCAAGAUGAGGAAGGACAGAUACUUGGACCACACUCCAUUGGCGUAGGGUAAGUGUGAAAUUGCUACUUUCUCAUUUUAUGUACUUUCCUAAAAAAAUGUACUGAAGCCGCAUUUUUUCCCGUUGAUAUUGAGUGUGGGCUAUCUAUGAAAAAACAGACCAAAAAAAAAAAAAAGGUCUUAUCAACCAAAUUAUAAUAAAUUGUAAAAUAUUAA